UAGGGGGCGGGACGUACUGGUCACGUGACAAAAAGGUGCGCAGACUCCUUCCCGCCCUCCCGGGUCCCGGCUGUGGCGAGCAAGACGCCGGGGGCACAUGCGCAGUGGGGCUCCACGUGAGCGCCUGCGUUUCUUCCCAAAUCCAACGAUGCCGCCCGAACGGAGAAGUCGAACGAAACCAGAUCGAAGAGCCGGCACGAAACCUGACCGGAAGACCCAAAAGAGAUGGAAUGGGAAAGCCAAACCCGGGAGGGGCGAGAUGUCCCGAAAGGCUUUCUCUUCAUCCCCGCGGACGCCGCCGGCCCGGUCGAGCGCUGCGAAUACUGUGAUCAGCGUCGCGGCGGCGGAGGAAGAAAGCAGGCUCCGGCAGCGGAACCGCCUAACGCUGGAAGAGAACAAACCGGCCGUGGAGCGAUGCCUGGAGGAGCUGGUCUUCGGCGACGUGGAGGACGAUGAGGACGCGCUGCUGCGACGGCUGCGGGGCUCGCGGGUUCAAGUACAUGGAAGCUCAGAUGACUCAGAAGUGGAGAAUGAAGCGAAAGAAAGUUUUCCCCCUCAGAAGAAGCCAGUUUGGGUGGAUGAAGAAGAUGAAGAUGAGGAAAUGAUUGACAUGAUGAACAAUCGAUUUCGGAAAGAUAUGAUGAAAAAUGCCACAGAAGGUAAACUUUCAAGAGAUAAGCUUCAGAAGAGACUUCACGCAGAAUUCCAGCAUGCCAUGGGUGGAGUACCUGCAUGGGCAGAGACUAGUAAGCGGAAGACAUCUUCAGAUGAUGAAAGUGAAGAGGACGAAGAUGAUUUGUUACAAAGGACUGGGAAUUUCAUAUCAACAUCAACUUCUCUUCCAAGAGGAAUCUUGAAGAUGAAGAAUUGCCAGCAUGCUAAUGCUGAACGGCCUACCACUGCUCGAAUCUCAUCAGUGCGAUUCCAUCCUUGUGCACAGGUGGUGAUGGUCGCUGGGUUAGAUAAUGCUAUUUCACUGUUUCAGGUUGAUGGCAAAACAAAUCCUAAAAUCCAGAGCAUCUAUUUGGACAGGUUUCCAAUCUAUAAGGCUUGUUUUACUGCUAAUGGAGAAGAGGUUUUAGCCACAAGUAUUCACAGCAAGGUUCUUUAUGUCUAUGAUAUGCUAGCUGGAAAGUUAAUUCCUGUGCAUCAAGUGAGAGGUUUGAAAGAGAAAAUAGUGAGGCGCUUUGAGGUCUCCCCAGAUGGAUCCUUCCUGCUUAUAAAUGGCAUUGCUGGAUAUUCUCAUUUGCUUUCAAUGAAGACCAAAGAACUUAUUGGCAGCAUGAAGAUUAAUGGAAGGAUUGCAGCAUGCACAUUCUCUUCAGAUAGUAAGAAAAUAUACACCUCCUCUGGGGAUGGGGAAGUUUACGUGUGGGAUGUGAACUCUAGGAAGUGCCUUAACAGAUUUGUUGAUGAAGGGAGUUUAUGUGGAUUAAGCAUUGCCACUUCAAGGAAUGGACAGUACAUGGCUUGUGGUUCUAAUUCUGGAGUGGUAAAUAUAUACAAUCAAGAUUCUUGUCUCCAAGAAACAAACCCAAAGCCGAUAAAAGCUGUGAUGAACCUGGUUACGGGUGCUACUGCUCUGACUUUCAAUCCCACUACAGAAAUCUUGGCAAUAGCUUCAAGAAAAAUGAAAGAAGCCAUCAGACUGGUUCAUCUUCCUUCCUGUACAGUAUUUUCUAACUUCCCAGUCCUUAAAAGGAAGAAUAUUUCUCGUGUCCAAACCAUGGAUUUUUCUCCCAGAAGUGGAUACUUUGCCUUGGGGAAUGAGCAAGGCAAGGCCCUGAUGUAUAGGUUGCACCAUUAUGCAGACUUCUAAAGAGAUUCUUUGAAAUCCAGUUAAGUCACAAGAAAAGCCCAUGAAACAUCUCAGAAACUUUCCAGAAUGUGUGAUAAUAUAUGGAUGAUGAUUUGUAGAGCAAGCUGUGCUUAAGUAAAUGGCAAUGUCUUAAUAAACAUAUGGCAACUUUUGUUU